GGGGCCGGGUCGGCGGGACCGGCUUGUGCCGCUUCUGGAGUGAGCUGAGCCCAACAGCCUGAAGGAGCAAAGAAUAGCUUGAGCAGUGUUUACUGAAAAGCGAAAUGUCCUCAAAGAAGAAAAUAAAGAAGAAUCGUACCAGCUAUAAGCCAGAGGAGCACAAAGCCAACUCCAAUCCUCGUGUGAAAUCUCUUCCGCUUGAGGAGCCAGAUGUCUCAAGGAUAUUGAAGGUAGCAGACACAAACCAGCUUGAUGAGCUUGAUGAUUCCUUUGAUCACCCUUUGCACAGUACUGCUGUGGAUGCUUAUGGAGAGGAACAGUCACAAAACGAGGCACUCGGUCGUGUUUCAGCACCACAAAGGCAAAAUACAGACAGACGGUCUGUUGGAAAAAAAAUAAAAUUGUCAGCAUUUAAUUUAAUCUUUAGUAAAAAACGGCGUCACUCAAAGCCCUCCAGUGGUGAUGCUCAGGAAUUCAACACAGCUGGUGCUGGAGAGGAGCCCCUUAAGGAGACUGUGAAAACUCUGAAUACUGAAUUCCAGGAAGAAAAGGAGCAGCCUUCAGAGGAGAACACAUCAGAUCCUUCCGUGGAUAACCCACAUUCUGUACAGGUUUGGUGUCCCAAAGAGCUGAAGAGAUCUCCUAGAGAUAUUACAGAACUGGAUGUUGUUCUGGCUGAAGUUGAGAAGAUAGCAGCAAAUUACAGACAAAGCAUAGAAUCAAACAUUUGCAGAAAGGCUAUCAGUGACUUUUCUUCUGCUUUCAAGGAUCAAAUCACUGAUCUUAUAGCAGGAGUCCAGGAAUUAAAGAAUAUGAAGAAGAAAAAUGCUAAGGCAAUAACCAACAUCAAAAAGAAAAGGCAGCAACUGGUGCAAGUCAGAGAAGGGCUAAUUGGAGCUGAACCGCAACUGACGCAACUACAAAGAGAAUUUUCUGAGUUACAGGAAAGGAAAUCUUCCUUGAGGCAAACAAUUGAAUUAAUUACUGAUUUAAAGGAGCUACAGCAAGACUGUUUGGAUUAUAGAGAAGAAAACCCCAAAAAAAAAGUGGUAUAUGGAACUUCCAGCCUCCCUGCUCUUCUGGUGGAGUCUCGGAGAAUUCUAGGAGCAGAAAGGCACUUUGAGAGUAUCAAUAUGAAACUUGAAGAGGCUCUGGCUGCACAAAAAGAGCAGAAAUCAAAGAAAAAUUAAGUGGCCUUUUAAGACUUUCAGACAUUCAGUAGGAACAGUUAUUAGAAUUGUCAGUGCUUAAAGCUUGUUUAAUCAUUGUCAUUCUGUUUUGUUUCAGUGUUUAAAAGAAGUCAGCAACUUAAAGAUUUUAUCUUUUUAUUGUCAAAUAAAAAAGAUAUCAAGAUGUCAAAUAUCAAUGAAAGGAAAUAGUGAUCACAG